GAACAGCGCGAAAAAGCACGCAAAGUAUCUCAUAGUGCGAUUGAGCGCAGGCGACGCGAACGAAUCAAUGACAAAAUUUUGCAGCUUAAACAGCUGAUUCCUUCGUGUGCCGACCAGGGCAACCUGCACAAAAUGUCCAUCCUGCAGAAUGCCAUUGAUUACAUUACCUACUUGAAACAAACCGUUGAAAAACUCGACGGCAACCAACACCGGCUUCAAGGUGAUCAUUUACUCAUCAAAACCAAUAAAUCGAUGCUGCCCAAAGAAGUGGAACCAUUUACGACUCAGUUCUCCAUU